UAAUAAUAAUAAUAAUAAAGAUUAAAUAAAAGGUAAGAUGGAUCUCACAUCAAGGUAGUAUAAAAAAGGAAGGGACCUACCCAUUGUGGGGUCCGUAGAAUCCCCCAAACAUCGAGCUCUGCCCUUUCUUCUUCCCCACCUUUUUAGAAACCCUAAAGUCUCUACCCCUACUGUUCUCAAACUCUCUCUCUCUACAUCAUGAGUUCUGAUACGGUUCUCCACAAAUUCCCCACACCAGAACAGCCCAACUCCAUCUCCUCCCCUGCCGUCGAGACCAAGUCGCUGACAACCCCACUCGCCCAAUCCCGCAGACUCGCCUCACCAUCAUCGUCACGGGACCGGCACACGAAGGUCAACGGCCGCGGCCGCCGGGUCCGCAUGCCGGCACUCUGCGCCGCCCGCAUCUUCCAGCUCACCCGUGAGCUCGGCCACCGCUCCGACGGCGAGACCAUCGAGUGGCUCCUCCGCCAAGCGGAGCCCUCCAUCAUCGCCGCCACCGGCACCGGCACCGUCCCCGCAGCCGCCGUAACCACCUCUAUCGGAGCGAUUCCUCUCUCCUCCGCACCGCCGUCGACUCCUUGCCAGGCGCAACUGAUCGGCGGCCGCCACCAGUAUGGUGGGCAUUUCACGGUGCCGCCGCCUCCAAGCUGUCGACUGGACUUGUCUCAGCCGGUGGGAUUGGGUCUUUCCGGUAACGGGUACCGCCACAUGCCGUUUACAUCGCUUCUGUUGCAGCCGACGACCGACGAAGAAGAAGAGCGAGAGGCAGAAGAUCAUCAAGCACAAUAAACUGUAUUAUUUUAUUAGUUAUUACAGUGGUUUAGAUGGUGGGUCUUACUUUUGGGGUUCCGCUUUCAUCUUGUUUUGGUUAUCUGUGGUGUUCUCAUGAAGGUCUUAGACAGAGUGAAAGGGGAGAAGAUGUACAUUUUUAUUUAGGGCUAUUUUGCGGGGCAUACAUUUUAAUGAAAGCAGUUGGAGGUCACUCUUAAUUCGUGCA